UGCGAAUGAGCGUCACGGGUUGAUUGUUCCUGUGUUUUGUUUUGGUUGUGAAAUGCUGCAUUUUUAAAGCAUGGCGAUCCCUAUAGCCAUCUUGGACUGUGAUCUUCUCUUACACGGUCGAGGCCACAAGACACUGGACCGCUUUGACCUGGACUCUGUCCCUGACGAGUUCCUCCUCACGCACUUUGGCUUCCCCCGAGACUUUAUUCUGUAUCUGGUGGAGUUACUCAGAGAGGCUCUCUGCAGACGUACCCAGCGCUCCAGAGCCAUCAGCCCUGAGGUCCAGGUGUUGGCUGCUUUGGGCUUCUACACAUCUGGCUCCUUCCAGACAUCUAUGGGAGACACGAUAGGGAUCAGCCAGGCGUCAAUGUCGAGAUGUGUGUCUAAUGUGACCAAAGCCCUGGUGGAAAAGGCUCCACAGUUUAUCACCUUCAACAGAGAUCCUUCCACCACAGAGCAGUCCCUCCAGCAGUUUCAGAGAGUGGCAGGAUUUCCAGGAGUUCUCGGGGUGCUGGACUGUGUUCAGGUCACCAUCAAAGCUCCUAACAGCGAAGACUCGUCAUACGUGAACAAGAAGGGCUUUCACUCUGUGGGCUGUCAGCUGGUUUGUGAUGCCAGAGGAUUGUUACUCAGCGCAGAAACACACUGGCCAGGUGGACUCAAAGACACAGAUGUUUUAGAGAGAUCUGCUCUCAGCAAACAGCUGCAGGACGUAGAGGACGGCUGGCUGCUGGGUGACCGUCGUUACCCUCUAAAGAAGUGGCUGAUGACACCCGUCGACUGCCCAGAGUCGCCUGCAGAGUUUCAGUAUAAUCUGGCUCACUCUGCGACACAUGAGAUCGUGGACAGAACCUUCAGAGCCAUCCAGACCAGAUUCAGAUGUUUGGACAGCAGCAAAAGAUCGCUUCAGUAUUCUCCAGAGAGGAGUUCAUCCAUCCUGCUGGCCUGCUGCGUCCUCCACAACGCCUCCCUGCAGUCAGGGCUGGACGCCUGGACUCUGGAGAGAACCGACCCUCUGGAACAGCCCGAGAGCAUCGAACAGAGACCCGAGGACCGUGACAUCCAGGCAGAGGACCUCCGGAAACAGCUCAUACUCAAACACUUCAGCUAAACUGGAAAAAGGGAUCAAGACUCAGUUAAGACUGGGACCAAAACAAAUAAUUUAAAGUUGAAUUUAAAGCGAGAAAAUCCACAGACACAGUGUUGCUGAUGCAGUUUUUUAAUAUUUUGCUGGUUUCUACUCUACGGACUACACUAAGAUAACAUAGUUGUAUAUGGAGGAACAUGCAAGACGCUAUACAACAAACCAAGACAACAUUCCACCCAAACACAUUUUAAAUACCUGGAAAGUGCUUGAUUAUUCUCUCUCAAACAAGAACAGGUGAAAAUAAUCAAGCACUCUGAGGUGUUUUAAAACUAUUCAAACUGUGUGCAGCUGCUGUUAUCAAGGUUUCUAUACAAGUGGAAAAAAGUCACCCUCCCUUUAUUUUUUAAAAAUCCCUCCCCUCUUUACAUCUUCCAUUUUUCCCCACAAUGAUUCCACAGGUUAAAAUUUCAGACUACUAUAUCACAAUACAAAAACAAGGCCCUUAUUUACAACAACUGCACAUUAGGUUGUCAUUUGUUAUGUACACUGGUGCAAUACGACUGUUACGGGUGAGAAUGACAGGAUGUUUGUGCAACGGGCUGCAGUCACAUGAUGGUUUUGUGUACGCACACACAGGAGGAGGGACACAAAAUGAAACAGAGAUGAAUAAUAAUAAAAAAAAAUAACGGAAAAAUGUGUGUUGAUUGUAAUGACAAAGACUUGUAAUUAUUUCCUCAAAGGUUUGGUCUGGGACAGUGAAAUGUCUGUUUUUAUAGCUGUUAAUUUGAAGGAAUACCAUGACAUUUAAUUUUUCAAUUUUUUUCUGACAUUGUCAGAAUAGUGGUAAAGAAAUAAAGACUUUUUUAUUUAUGAAAAUGUCUCAGUGUUCCCUCAAAUUUUUGGCGAUAAUGAAGCUAGUGGUGUUUUACUUCCUGGAAUAUUUCAGUCCCCUGAUUGGCUUCAUCAAUAUAUACACACUUUCUACAAACAGGAAUAAAUACAACAUACACUGCUGUCGCAUGAGCACAUUUAGUAUUGAUGAAAUGUGUCCUCUGCUGCUCGAUUCAACAAAUUUAUGACAGAAGAAUAUCUACAUUUACAUUUCAAAUUUUGCUGUUGAUUUGUGAUUAAUAACUUUGUCUUUUUAGGUCAAAAACAACUUCAGAUUGAGCGUAAAAAUUAUCUUUUUAAAGGUGUAAGUGUACAAGAUAACAGCAUUUUUAAAUCACAGGGGAGCAAAAAGAGCCCCUCUUUGGUUUUCAUGCGACAGCAGUGACACAUAAACACUGUAUUACAGUUAAAGACACAAACAGUUCAUGUCAAAGUUUUACACUCCCAUGAAACGGCAUGUGAAUGAACACCGUCAUGUAAAACUUCAUCAUCCUAAAAAGCCAAAACACAACAUUCAAUUCCUUUUUUUUUCUUGCAUACAAUAAAUAUGCUCUUUUUUUGAUGCUCAGAAUAUAUUAUAAGUUGUAUUUUGGUGUUUUUUGUAAACA